CGUUUGGGGGAACAUACCUUUCCGGCUUCCAUGUCAUGCACCCAGUCUGCUCGUAUCCUCGCAAUUUGCCCCAGGUUGCUGCAACGUCUUGAACAAGCCGUCCCCUCGCCCGGUUUCAUGUCUUGUCUUCUAGAAGCCGCCUUCGAAAUUUUGCACCUGUCAGUGUAUACACGCAAGCCGUGUCAUGCGAUACGGACAUACUUCAGUGCCAGUAGACACCCACGCGGACUUUUUGGUGGCUUGUUGCAUGUCGUCGAAGAGGCAUUUUUGCUCAAUGCGAUAUAUAAAUUCCCUUGUGUUUUGUUUGGUGCCCUGCACGAUUCUUGCAAAGAGUUUUCACUGGUCAAACAGACCAAUCAAGCUGUCGGUGAGUACGGUGAGUACUGCUACUGGGUAAUGUUGCUGGCGAGGCUGUUUUGGAUACUGUUGACAUUUUCAAAGUCCAUUUUGGUCACACGCCCAGCAAAUACCUCGAUUGAUGCUAAGGAGAGUCCACAGCUUCAAUAUGAAAGCUAGAGUAUCUUCUCAAAAUCUUCUGUUUCGUAACACAAGUCGGUUUUCUUUUUCUGUGUUUUCUACUUCUGGAUCAUAGAUGCUAAAACACGAUCAUGCGUAGGUGCGCACAUUGUGUUUUCUUUCCUCGUUAUCUGGAACAGCGGAGCCAAUCUUGCACACGACGCCUUCUAGAAAUUCCACGACACCAGUCCGAUACUGCAUACAGAUACACAUUAUCUUCGAGUUCUUCCUAGUUUCUCUAUGCGUCUUUGAUAUGCCGGAAUGAAAAACAAUGUUUGCCGGAUCAGUGGCCUCAGGUCGCAGCAUACACCGCACCAUCUUGCCGCACCAUGCGUACGUACUCGGUCCUAUUAGGGCAGAGGCUCUUUGCCACGUGGAUGGGGAGUCGCUCAAGAAUAACCAAACAUUGUGAGGGCUGAGGUAGGACUGGCCCAAGUUUAGGUCUACCAAACGAAUUACAGAGUCACAUUCUUCUGUGAAGAUGCAUCGGUUAUAUCU